UAUAGGAGCUCAUGUAAAAAAGUUUUCAGGAUCAGCCAAAGAAUCACUUUUAAGUUUGUUCAACCUGAGUACUUUUUGUCUGUAAUCAUCCUGCUGUUUUAAAGCUUGAACCCCUAACACUGUUAGACAGUAUUCCCUUUGACUCCAGCGAGAUAGAAUUCCAUAAUUUAAAGUACUGCAAAUACACCUGGACAAUUAUUUCUCAAACAGUAGGUAGUUAGUAUGAGGCUGUAUAAUAAAUGUUGCCGUACUGUUUAAAUUUUUAUAUAGGCCAUUAUUUUACAUGUUUGGGUUUUCUAGAAGUAUUCACCCCUGAGGCUGUAAUUUCCUAUUUGUGUCAUUGUCUUUAGAGGAGACUGCUUAAACAAUUCUCUGGGAAACUUAGGCCUUUGUGAGGGCCACAGAAAACUAGUACCAAUAAACAUUAUCACAAAUUAAAUAUACAAAAACAAAUAAAAAUUUAUCCCAAUAUAGAACAUUACAACAAAUAAUUACAGAAUCAAACUUUACAUGCCAACAAUUUUACUUAUUUACUAAAGCACCAAUUUCAACAAUGCUCUCUUUUCCCUACUGAUUAAUAAAUAAACAUGAAAUGUGGCUGAACUUGCUGGUAUAUCUUUGUGGAUAUGCAAUUUUUUUUCAGAAUCAGCUACCGCUGUAUAAUCAGUCAUUACCCAUUACCCUAACAUCUUCCUUAAAUAAAACAGUUUUCAUCCCCUCUUACACACACGACUACUUCCCUGCUCCUUAAGUACCAAUACUGCCAAGCUCUGUGUUGGGCAACUUCACCAUACAUUAUUUUGGUAUUAACAAAUGUGUGUGCAUAUACAGAGAUAUACAGACAGGCUUUUGCACACCUCUGUAUUUGCUAAAUACUCUUCUUAAAACUUUGGAGUUUUUUUAAUAAAAAUACAAUACAAUCAGAAGUUAAAUUUCUUGCACCCACUCUGUAAACACAAAAAAUUCUGCUGGUAGGUUCAGAGCAGGCAAAGGCACAAAAGCCUUCAGAAUCACAUUUUCUCAAGGUUUUGCCCUUAGAAGUUUCAGUGCGCUGGUUUUGACAAAAGAAGCAAAGAGAAAGUUUAUUUUAAGUAUAAAGAGGAUAAGAAAACCCAGUAAGUAUAACCCUUUGUUUUUUAAGAGUUAGAUCCUGAGCAUUUGCAAACCUGUUAGAGGUUAGACAAUAUCUGACACUAGGCACACUGAGGAUCCCAUGACAGAAAUGCUAAGAGGCACACUGUUGGUCUAACUGGUUAUAGGCAGCCAUCAACAUGCCCCUUCCUUACCCUGUUCUCCCCACCUCUCACCAAGUCUGAGCAAAACCUAAUGUGCUGUAAAACCAGGAGGGCUCCUGGCACAACAUAUUGCAAGCAUGCCCUUUACUUUCUGGGCAGUGAGUCCUUGUUAGAGAUCUGGAAUGUUCCCAAUAUCCUUAGCUCAGACUAAAUAAGGGAGCAAUCAAAUGCUUGUUUUGAGCCAUAGCGAAAAUAACUCAAGACAGGACGAAGGCACGGAGCUGAGAGAGGGAGGAAUGGCAAAAUACAGCUGUGUGGUGUUAGAGAUACUGGGGUCUGAAGGUGUGAGCUUCUGAUAUGGCUAGGAUGAGCUAACUUCAAAUUGUUGCCAAGAAGGGAGUGCCUUCUCCCCUCCAAUCUGCUCUCCCCACAUUGGCAUUUUUUUCUGAUUAUUCAGAAUGCUGAUAGCAAGGAAAUAAGUCUCCAAAGCACUAACCUAAACUCUGAUGCCUCCACUGCCUGAACUAGCUCACUGUCAGGGUAAAUAUGUACCAAGGACCAUACAAGAUUAGUUUCAGGACCACAUCUUCCAGUGGAAGGCUACAGUAAGACUGACUUGACACAUUGCAACACUAGGCCUUGACUGGAAAGAUAAAGUAGAAGUGCUGAUUAACAAGUUGUGCAAACCCACAGGACAAGGGAAUCAGAAAGCCAGAGUAGCACAUAAUGUGAUGAUACAGAGCUGCAGAAUGUCAAGCACUCUGAAAACACCAGGUCUUUUUUUGAACUCUGGUGUAGAAUCCAACACCAGCAAACCCAACAAAACUGAUAUCAAAUUAAAGUGUGUAUAUGACACCAGUCUUGAAAACAGGAGAAUGUAACAUCACAGGAACAUUGGAAAAAUCCUGUUUUUGAUGCUGCAAAGCACAACAAUCCUGGAGUGUGGUAAAGGUUAUCGAGGUGGGAACAACAACUCAGGAAAGGAUUUGCCUUGGUUUGUUUUGCUUUGAGAAGAGAAGAACCCAGGAACACUGAUGAUCUAAGAAAAACAAACAUUGAUACUCGAUUAAUUUUGUGAACCUGCCUUUCUGCCCAGCUGGACCUCAGUGAAGUUCUCUGUUCUUUCAUGUUCAAGAACGUUUUUCUUUGUAUGUGGAGCUGAGACCUGGGAAUGCGUUAUUAUGGCAGCAGUUGUACAGCAGAAUGAGCUUGUGUUUGAAUUUGCCAGCAACGUCAUGGAGGAUGAGCAGCAGCUUGGUGAUCCAUCUAUUUUCCCUGCUGUCAUCGUGGAGCAUGUUCCUAGUGCAGAACUCCUACACAACUACUCUGGUUUAACUUGCGUGGAUGAACCUAGUGACAUGAUCACUGAGAACUCUCUGGAUGUUGCAGAAGAGCAAAUCAUAGAAGAUGAUGAUAUCACCCUCACAGUUGAAGCAUCUUGUCAUAAUGGAGAUGAAACAAUGGAAACAAUUGAGGCUGCUGAAGCACUUCUUAAUAUGGACUCCCCUGAUCCUAUGUUGGAUGAAAAAAGAAUGACAGCUAUGUUUGGUGCAACUGAAGAGGAAGAAAUGGUGCCUCCUAUCACACAUGUGUCAGUCACACUUGAUGGGAUCCCUGAGGUGGUGGAAGUUCACCAAGCCCCAGACCCUUAUGCUGAAUCACCAGAGACUCCAGAAUUUGAACAACCAAAGAAGAAAAAAGGGAAGAAACCAAAACCAUCUCGUUCUGAGUCCCCUACUACAACUCCAAACAUAUCUGUGAAAAAGAAAAACAAAGAUGGAAAGGGAAAUACGAUUUAUCUCUGGGAGUUCUUAUUAGCACUGCUCCAGGACAAAGCUACAUGUCCUAAAUACAUCAAAUGGACUCAAAGAGAGAAGGGCAUUUUCAAGCUGGUAGAUUCCAAAGCUGUGUCCAGGUUGUGGGGAAAACACAAAAACAAACCUGACAUGAAUUAUGAAACAAUGGGUAGAGCUCUCAGAUACUAUUACCAAAGAGGAAUCCUUGCUAAAGUAGAAGGUCAGCGCCUGGUAUAUCAGUUUAAAGACAUGCCAAAAGAUCUCAUCUAUAUUGAUGAUGAAGAUGCAAGCCCUAGCACUGAAUCAUCAGAUUCAACUCUGCUCUCACCUGCUGUGGCCAACAGAAACCAAUCAGGCAGAACUAGAGCAGCUACAAAUGCAGGAACAAAGGGAGGAUCAACCUCAGUGGUAAAAACAGGAAACUCAAAGCCUGCUAAGGUGAAGGAGCAAAUAGAAGUUGUACAGCAGCAGACAACUGGCUUGAAUUCAGAAGUUUUGAGGACAAUGCAAUCUCCACAGCCAGUACAUCCCACUCAGCUUUUUCGGACAGUUCAUGUAAUGCAGCCUUUGCAGCCCCUCACAGAAGGACAAGCAGCUGUAACCAGUAAUGUUCCAGAUGAAUCAUUAAAUUCCUCAGUUCAGAAUAUAAGCAGGACUUUACAGACUCCAACCCAGGUUCCAGUGGUUGUUUCUCCUGGAAAUCAGCAGCUGCAUACUGUAACACUCCAGACAGUGCCUCUUACUACAGUGAUAGCCAGCACAGAUCCAGCCUCAGUAACAGCACCACAGAAAUUCAUUUUACAAGCCAUUCCUACUUCCCAGCCCAUGACGGUUCUUAAAGAAAACAUCAUGCUACAGUCUCAGAAGCCAGUCUCGCCUCCUUCCUCGAUUGUGCUGAGCCCAGCACAAGUUCAGCAGGUGCUCACCAGCAGCGUGCAGACAAUUUGCAAUGGAACAGUCAACGUGGCUUCAUCUCCAUCGUUCAGUGCCACCACCCCUGUGGUGACAUUCUCGCCCAGCAGCUCACAGGUGGUGUCUCAGCCAUCGGGCACAGUGAUCACUUCUGUCAUUAAAGCACCAGACACAAAGCAGGUUGGCCUACAGGAAGAGGAUAAGGAGGAGAGUGACAAAUUAGAAGAUGCUGAGCAGUCAGAGCAGAGAUUCCAACAGCAACCCUUUGUGAUGGUAGUGUCCAGUUCGAGUAAUUUCCCAUCUAAUGUGCAAGUGAAGCAAGAAAAUGAGCCAUUGGAGCCCAGUUUGUAUUGAUAAUUAAAUAAUUAAAAAAAGACCCUGUGGAUGAUUAUUUUCAUAAAUGUGAUGGGACCUUUUCAGUUAUGUAUAUAUGAUUUGAUUCUGGAGCAUGAUGUUGCAAAACUACUCAAUUUCUGCAGUUAAUUCUUAGAAUUCAUGCUUUAGGAUGGAUUUUGAUUUUAUGGUAAUUAUUAAAUGUUGUCAUACAAAUAAAAUUAUAUAUUACUCAUUUUUCAAAGUACAGGCAUGAAGGAACAUGCUUUUUAUGCUACAAAAACUUUCUCCUGAGGUUUUUUGGCCAAAGUUUUGAACUUCACUCUUACUUUGUUAUCUGUCUGUUGCCCAUUUACAUUGCAGUAAUGUUAUUGUUAACCUUUUCUGUUUAAUCUGUAUGUGUAUCACCUUUGGAAGCAGCACUUAAUUUUAGUACGACAGUUUCAUUCCAUGUGUUUGAAUUUUUAUGAUUGAGUAUCUGUUUCAUAUCAGUGAAUGACAUCAGUUUUAGACUUUGGUAACCAGGUAUCCUCUUGCAUUUUUUGCAACACAAGCUCUUGUGUGUGCAAAGUUGAAUAUACACUCCUAUUGAGAGUACUCGAAAAAUGUAUUCCAGUCAUGGACAAUGCCAUGUCUAUAUUUUAUAUGAAAACAUCAGAUAUAUUUAAUUACAGAAGCUAACGGCAUCACUACAGGUGCAAAUGUUUUAUGCCAUUUUGCAACUAUGAAGCUUAACAUUCUUGCUUUCUACUUCAGAUUAUUUUGUAAGGGGGGAGGGAAUUAAAUAUAUACAAUUUAUGCAGGUUUUUGGAGAUUUAAACUGCUAAGAGUUCUUGGUUUUGAUUGUAAAUACUGUAUAUUCAAUGUUGCAGGGAAGUUUUUUCAGCUAAUUUUUCCAUUCAAAUUUUUGAUAGAUGCAAAUAAGAUCAAUAAGAUUGUUAUGUUUAGAGGUCUAAUGUUAUAUGUAUUCAUAUUACUGAGUGACUUUGUAUUUAAAGACAAAUUUUUAAAUGAUGGAGCCCAUUGAACCCUGGGUCCUUCUUUUGUAUUUUUAAUUGGUUUAUUAUGAAAAUAAAUCAAAUGGAAAAACAUUUUUCUGUA